GCUGCCUUUAUCUUUGCUCCUAAAGAUCCGUAAGAUAAGGUCAUACAAUACGUUUCUUUUUGGCCGGUGUCUUAGGGACUAAAUAGAGGGGUUGCAAGCCGAACGAGGAAUAGCCCUUGCAGAAAGCUGCCUCGAAUCGCCGGCAACUCCCUUCUUUGUGCUCUGGAACAAUCAGAUCCAACACAGGUGCAGCACUACUACAACCAGAAUGCGUUUGACAUAUCUCUCUGAAGACCUCACAACCCUCUCCCCCGAGGAUGAGGCAAUUUGCGAGCGUAUUCGUGCCCGACGAGGCCCCAUUGGCCUGCUCGGAAUCGACCGUACGCUUCUGCAUGCCCCGAAGAUUGCGGAUGGAUGGAGUACCCUGCUCGGGGCGGUCCGCACACAGACCUCGUUGGAAGAGGAUAUUAGGGAGAUCGCCAUCUGUCGCCCGUGUCGAUUGAACACCACCUGGACUGAGUGGCAGCCCCACGAAGCCCUCUUGCGGAAGGCAUCGGGGAUGACGGAGGAAGGAAUCGAGGUGGUCAAACAGCGGCAUCCCCCCCAGCAAGGCAGUCUCAACGAUCGCCAGUGGGCCGUCCUGCAGUAUGCCGAUGCAAUGACCAUCGCGGUGGACGUGCCCCCCGCUUUGGUCCAUCGCCUCCAGGAGGUCGGCUUCAGUCCGCAGGAAAUCGUCGAAAUCACUGCCACGGUGGCAGCGUACAAUUUCACCUGUCGAUUCGUGCUGGCGCUCGACGUCAGCGAAGGCAUUGCCGCUGCCCCAGCCUGGUUCAGGGAGUGACGCGAGGUCGGGCAGGCAAAAUUGACAUAUGUGUUGCCUUAUCUCGAACAAUUCCACUGUCUCUGGUUGCGUCGUACCACCUCCAUUCAUGACCCCCGCCGGCUGAGCGGUUACGUACACCCGGGUAGAUCAAUAGUACAAGCCUUUGGAGCGGGGAUC